CAGAUUGGCGGUCGUCUGCAUUCGCUUGGGAACCGCGAAACUUUAAUGUUUAUUGUGGGAUUUCUUUCGUUUAUUAUAUAUUCACAUAGUAAUAGUGUAUUGAGGCUUAGUGAAUCAUUUCAGAAAUCAGCACAGGAACACUUCAAGAGAAAAUAUUUACAUUCCACAGGUCUACUGGCAAGAAAAAUACGGAGGAGAGACUGGAAAUGGAUGGGAAGGUUAGUGAUUGAUGCCACCUCUCACGGGAAGGCGAAAGCACCCGAAGGAAAAAUGUUAGCGAAGAUAGUGAUGCUGAGGUCUGCGACGCUUGCAACAGCAGCAGCAGCAGCACUGCUCAUGUGUGCCGUCCUGCCUAGCAAAACCCAAGCCUUAACACUACCGGCUGUAGAUCCUGAAAGUUUGCCAAAUACAAAUUUUUCCUGUAUUGGGAAGGUGAUUGGAGGGUAUUAUGCUGAUAUUUACACAGGAUGCCAAAUGUUCCAUGUCUGCACGCUCGAUGAAAAAGGAGAAAUCCACGAUUACAAAUUCGGUUGUAUUCUUGGUACUGUUUUUGAUCAAGAAACGAGAGUGUGUGAGAGAGCGGACGAAGUGGAUUGCAGCCUCUCCGAAUCUUUCUUCCACCUCAAUGAUGAACUUUAUGGACCAGGAAUCAUUCCUCCCACAGCAGAUACAGCGGCUACCUCCAGCGCUGCAACAGUUCAGGUUCUGGACCCAUCUGUUGCCCUCCUUGCAGCUACAAUCUCACCUCCUGCUUCUACUGACACUUCGAAUGGCCCUUCUUCUGCACCGGCUAAUCCUUCUUCCACUUCCUCCGUUGCUGCCCCUCCACCUUCUCUUCCAUCUCAGUCGAUCCCCACCAGUUCUCCCCCACCCCCAAUUAUUCCACCAGGAGUCACUGCCUCCUCUGCCUCUACCACUUCUCGGAUGUCAACCUCCACCUCUUCCUCCGUCACUGCAGCUUAUUCUAUCCCACCCCUGCCUUUCACAGUCAGCAGGACUUCCACAUCAGUGUCUGCCUCCUCCCGUGUGCGCAUUGAAACACCCCUCGUUCAGAUCUCCCUUAACCAGGGAGGAAUAGACCUGCCUGCACCCCAUCUCCGUCCAUCCUUGCUACGGCUUGCAGCUCAGGCUCAGAAUUCUGGGCAGCAUUUUGAUGCUCUAAAUCCCACAUCCCCAUCUCCUGUUACAUCCAGGACACCUGCUGACUUUGAAGAUAUUCCCAGGCUUUCCUUCUCUCAAAGUUCCUCUGGUACUAACUUUAAUGACCACUCUAUAAUUAGCUCGCGACGAAAACGACAAACGACGUCGACAGGCAGCGGCCGAACUUUUCUAACUAAUCGAGUAUUUUCUGUCACUGAAAUGUCCGACACAGUCACACAACCUUUAGAUGAGCUACAGAAUACACCAGUUCAGAGAAAUAAUAACCAGCCUGUUGCUUUCACAGAACAGUCUUCCAGGAGAACCUCCAGAGGACGCAAGAGGUUUGAAUCCCAGACCACCACUGAAGCAUCUAGUUCUCUCAGAGAUAAUCCAUUAAGAACUGUAACAGUCACACGCAAUAGUAGUAUAGGGAACACAGUAGGCGGGCAAAGAGCUACACCUAUAAGGAGUAGGCAGAAUAAUAGGGUUAGACAACAGAGUAGGAUACCAGAACAAAAUGUAGCAACACAACAGAGUCAUAGACCAAUUCUUUCAAGAUUUAGGCAACAGGUAGAUACAUCAGUAACUGACCAGUCAAGUCUUCUAGUACAAUCUCAGCAAGACAGUCCAAUUGUAAAAAGUACUCCAUUACAUUCUAGUCAUGUCUCUUUUGUUGAGCCAAAAGGCCCACCUCAGCCAUUAAGAAAUAGACCCAAUCUCAGCAUUCCUCGUACAAGAAUCAAAGAUUCUCAUCAACAAGAAGCACGUGACACAUUCGAUGAGACUUUGUUUAUUAAUAAUGAGCCUUUUGAUUUAAAGGACCCUAUAUCCUUUAGUGACCCAACUCCACUACCUCCUGUAAUUCUGACCGCUGAACUACCACCUGACAGUGUUCACAGGGUUUCUGAGGGAGCGACCAGUGCUACGGACUUCCCAACGACAACGCAAACUUCAUUUGUAUUCCCCGAGACCAGCUUCCAAUGCCACGACAAAGUACCUGGUGGACUGUAUGCAGACAUUGAGACUGGAUGUGUCGUGUUUCACAUUUGCUCUGUUGGACCUGAUUCCAGCAUCAAUGAUAACAAAUUUGUGUGUGGUGAAGGGACGUUGUUUGACCAAAAAAGUAGGACAUGCCAGGCUGCAGCAGCUGUUGAUUGCAGUAUUUCAAAAUCAUUAUACUACUUGAAUGACCGACUAAAAGGACCAGUCUUUUUAGAGUUGGAACCCCAGUUACCUGAACAGCAGUUUGAUUUUCCUCGUAUCCAAUCAUCUCCCUCUUCCUCCUCUUCCUCUCUCCUUGAUUUAUCUUCCCGAUUUCGUCGUAGUACAGAAGCAGUUGUGGAUCUUUGUCUCAGUCAACCUCUAGGAACUCCGUUGGCUAACCUAGCAAACAAUUGCCAAGACUAUGUGAUCUGUGAAAAUGGAGUGGAUGGUAAUAUUGUUGAAAGGCAUUAUUCAUGCAAGAAAGAUUACCUAUUCUCUCAAAUGCAGAAACGAUGUUUGCCUUCUAAAAAGGUGAACUGUGUUAAGGAGACGCUCAGCGGGAUUCUAGGAUUGAAUUCACUGAAAACGGGUUUUAGCAAGAAAGGAGUCAGUGGAUCGCUUCUGUCUCAUAGGCUGAGAAGGGCAGCUCUUCCUCCUUUGAUUAAUGUUGUGAAUGGUGCAGAUUUAGAUGAUACCCAUGCACGUAGAGCUUUGCUUAACCUUGCAAAUUUGCAAAACUGGACACUUGAAAAUGCUCGUGAUACAGCUUUCAUUGAAGUUUACACUUUAAAUACAAAAGAUGCUGACUUUCCUAAGAAGGUUCAUGUAGAAAACGCCUCACCAAACCGAUAUGCGUACGUUCAUCGCAAAAAGAGGGAUGUUGUCAAUACUACAACAGGUGAACAAGCCUUGCUUAAUGAGCAAACUAAAAUAGAAGAACCAUUACUUGAAGUUUCUUCAGUAUCAUCAUCAUCAUCUUCAUCUUCAUUAUCAUUGUCUUCAUCAUCAUCAUCAUCAUCCUCUGAACAACAAGUAGACAUAAAUCCAACUGCUACUUUACCUAACCCCCUGCCCACCAUAACUAUUCCUCCAGUAACAAACAAACACUCCAAAGAUGCUUCAUCAAAAGCAUUGCUGUCAGAAAUUAAUUCACCUACUUCAGCCACAUUUCACUCUCCAAGUAAAGUAGCUGAAACCUUACCAACAACAACAGUAACAGAUGUGCCUCCACGCACAACAGCUACUGUGCCAGUAGCAACUGUUACUGUGACAAGCACAGUGACUGUUGAGUUAGGCCCAACAGAAACUCCAGGUUCUAGCACAGCUCUCCCCUCACUUCCACAGGCUCCUGUUGAAUUAACACCUGCACCAUUGCCUUUAGAUGUUGGUCUCUUUGGAAAUACAACUAAAUCAGUUGUUCAGCCCACUGUCAAUGGCACAACAGAGAAUUCUCCCUCUUUAGUAAAUUCCACAGCUCCAGUGCAAAGUGUGCUUCCUUCAGAAGAUCAUAAGGUUCCAGUAUCUUCAAAUUCCUCUUCUUCUCAUCUACCACAGGAUCAUGUCACCAGUUCACCACCUGUAUUAAAAACAACUAAUGAAACACAGAACAAUGUCUCUGUUACACCUGCUAGUGUUAGUAAUGUAACAACAGCAGCAGAAACUUCAACAAAUUCAACUUCAGGAACCCCAGUACUACAUCUGUUGGCAGAAAAUGCUACUUCAGUAGCAGAACAUACUACUUCAGUAGCAGAAAAUACUACUUCCAGAGCAGAAAAUACUACUUCAGUAGCAGAAAAUACUACUUCAGUACCAUCCACUACAACACAUGAAGUUGAGAUUACCAUUAACGGUACCUCUUCAGAAAAUGCAACUGCAUCUGUGUCGACUACUGUUACACCUACUACUGGCGAAACUGUAUCACCAGUAGCAGGUGUAAAUGGAUCAACAACAGCAAUUCCUACUGAAGGUGUAGCUAAGAAUGGAACUGCGACAUCGGCAACUCCAGAACCAACUCCUGUAGAUCGUCCCAUCAAAACAGAUAAUUUACCAGAAACAAACUUCACAUGCAAAGACAAAAAGCUAGAACAGUUUUAUCCUGAUACUGAAGCUAAUUGCAGAGUAUUCCAUUACUGUUCCCCAGGUUUUGAUGAUCGACAAAUUCUAGAUUUGAAAUUCUUAUGCACUGGUGACACCAUGUUUGAUGUUAACACCCAGAAAUGUGAAAACAAUUCAAUAGUUACUUGCGGUGAAGAAAGUAUUGUUACAACGCAAAUUCCCUUAACAACCGUUUCGGCCUCUUUGAAUGGUACUUCCACUGUUGAACCUCCCACUACUGAACCUCCAGUUACUGACCCCCCAACUACAGAACCCCCAACUACAGAACCUCCAGUUACUGAGCCUGUCACAACAAACAGUUCAGUUGUACCUGUGACUGAAAUGAUAACUACAACUGAAGAACGUUUGGAAGAGAUUCCUACCAGCACAACCAGUGAUAUUGAAACUACCACUUCACUUCCUGAAGAUAUAACGACUGAACUAGGCCCACUCGUGGAAGAAGCUCUUGAGAGUAAAGUGAUACAAGUGACUGAUAAUCCAGAACAACCUACAUCUACCAAUACCACUACAGGUACCUCUACUACUACCAGUCCUUCCAACACUAAUUCUACCACUUUUAAUACCACUACUGUUGCCAGUAUUUCUAACACUACCACUACAGCUACCAGUAAUGAUACCACUGUAUCUACCCCAACCAGUACUGAUACCACUACCACUACCAGUACUACUACUACUGCAGCACCUAAUUUCAAUGUUACAACACCAUCACAAAUAAGCUCAUCAUCUUUCUCUCCACAAGCUUUAAAUAAUACAAAUGUAACAGAUAGUGUAAUGAACAAUAGUACUACUGAAGUUAGCAAAAGUAAUACUACUGAAACCCCUCUGUAGAUACUGUACUGCCUCGCUUAAAGAACUGAAGGGUAUUAAGGCAUAUGGUAUUGAUGUUAAUACCAGUGUCUCCUACCUGUAGAUUUUGCAUUAAUAUAUUUGUAAAGAUUUGGCGACAUCUAAAAUGGAGACAGUAGUUACAAACUCAAAGAAAUCACAAUUUGUUUGUCUGUGAUUACUUUUUAAUAUUUUGAAUGGAUCUGAUUGCUGAAGAAUUAGGGUUGACUUAGAGAAACUUAAACAGCAUUAUUAUCUGUACCUUGAUAGAAGCAUAAAAUACCACUGAGUGGUAUGUUAUUUUUUUUAUUGUGCACUUGGUGUCAAUGUUGAUUUGUAUAGUAUAUUUUUAACUUAAGUCACAUAUUAUUGUUUUAUUAUUUUUUGUGUUAAUUUUUGAAAUAUGAAUAGAAAAUCAAGCUCUGUAUUUUGUAAAAACUUAUGCUUAAAUGAUUUUUUUUAUUACUAACUGUAGGGUUUAGUGAUUUCUGUUGGUCUCUUUUUAAGGACAAGGAAUCUGAAUAGUGGUCAGAAUAUCAUGUAAUUGUUGGUAUUGUAUAAGUUCCUGAAGACUGUAGCUUUACCUUUACUAGAAAUCAUAUGUAAAAUCUACAGAAUAGACAUGCCUGUAACUUGCUUUUUUAUAUUUAUGGGGUCUAGCAAUAGUUUUGAGGGAUUUUAGGGGGCACUUAAACAUUCAUUUACACAAGUCAGGAUUGCAAUGAAGCCAAGGUAAUCUUUCAAGUAUCAUUCCUAAGGCACAUUUCAGCCUGUUAUAUAUUCUUCAUCUGCCAGGGAACUUUCUCAUUAAUUUUUCAUAAUUGUGUGACAGAAGGUACUUGCGUAAGUUAUUCCAUAGUACAUUGUUAGCUUAAAAUAUCUGGCAGCAAUAUUUUUCCAUCCCCUAUGGCACAGAUUGCCAUGUCCCAAUAUUUAAAGCCCCUUCUGAAAAUAAAGGGUGAGGUGGUAAGAUAUUUUCAUGCUUAACUAGCAGAACACUUUGUGCCAAAACUAUUUGGGUCACACUCUAGAUUAGUAACUGUUGGCAAUUAUGUAGUGCUCCGACUCAUGAGUUUUCACAGAAUUCUGCUGUGUGUGUCACAAGGCAGCUUCUUCAAGUAUGACUUAAGCAUAAGCAAUGUUGUCACUGAUAUUGUCAGCAUUUAAUCCAACUGUAGCAGUAUAACUCUAGCUUCUAGAGUUAAAUGAUAAAACCGAUUGUUUAUAGAGCAGUUCAAGAUUUUGUGGGUCAAACACUUACUCAUGAGUCAGACCAUUAGCUUCUGCCAGACCUGCACAAACAUUCCGUCACUGUGAUACAAUCUUAAGAUAGAAAGCGAAUAGGUAUCAUCCAAUCUGCAUAGAUGUGCUUUUACUCUCUUCCUCUUCAUUGUAUAGAAGAUUUUAAAUUUUUUCGUAUCUUCAUCUAAUUUAUCUCUUUAUUCACUUCAUGUUUUUCUUCAUGUGUCAAUUUAGGAAAGCUUUUGGGUUCAUUGAUUUUUGUUUAGUUUGUAAGUUAAAUGUCAACUGGUUAUCCUCCACAUCACUUGGAACUCUGAAAUUUCAUGGACAUGUAUCAUUAAUGAAAAAUGAUGUACACUUAUUAAAAUAAAGAUAUUAGAGAUCU